UGUAGAGGCUAUGGAGGGAAGGUGUGACAUAGAGGUAGAGGCUAUGGGGAGGAUGAGUGACAUAGAGGUAGAGGCUAUGGGGAGGAUGAGUGACAUAGAGGUAGAGGCUAUGGGGAGGAUGAGUGACAUAGAGGUAGAGGUUAUGGGGAGGAUGAGUGACAUAGAGGUAGAGGCUAUAGGGAGGAUGAGUGACAUAGAGGUAGAGGCUGUGGGGAGUAUGAGUGACAUAGAGGUAGAGGCUGUGGGGAGGAUGAGUGACAUAGAGGUAGAGGCUAUGGGGAGGAUGAGUGACAUAGAGGUAGAGGCUAUGGGGAGGAUGAGUGACAUAGAGGUAGAGGCUAUGGGGAGGAUGAGUGACAAAGAGGUAGAGGCUAUGGAGGGAAGGUGUGACAUAGAGGUAGAGGCUAUGGGGAGGAUGAGUGACAUAGAGGUAGAGGCUAUGGGGAGGAUGAGUGACAUAGUGGUAGAGGCUAUGGGGAGGAUGAGUGACACAGAGGUAGAGGCUAUGGAGAGGAUGAGUGACAUAGAGGUAGAGGCUAUGGGGAGGAUGAGUGACAUAGAGGUAGAGGCUAUGGGGAGGAUGAGUGACAUAGAGGUAGAGGCUAUGGAGGGAAGGUGUGACAUAGAGGUAGAGGCUAUGGAGGGAAGGUGUGACAUAGAGGUAGAGGCUAUGGGGAGGAUGAGUGACAUAGAGGUAGAGGCUAUGGGGAGGAUGAGUGACAUAGAGGUAGAGGCUAUGGGGAGGAUGAGUGACAUAGAGGUAGAGGCUAUGGAGGGAAGGUGUGACAUAGAGGUAGAGGCUAUGGAGGGAAGGUGUGACAUAGAGGUAGAGGCUAUGGGGAGGAUGAGUGACAUAGAGGUAGAGGCUAUGGGGAGGAUGAGUGACAUAGAGGUAGAGGCUAUGGGGAGGAUGAGUGACAUAGAGGUAGAGGCUAUGGGGAGGAUGAGUGACAUAGAGGUAGAGGCUAUGGAGGGGAGAGUGUGACAGAGGGGGAAGCGCUAUUGAGGGAAAAUGUGUGACAGACGGUACUGACUAUGAAGAGGGAGGGUGACAGAGUGGUAGGGGCUAUGGAGAGGAAGGGUGACAGAGGGUACAGACUAUGGAGAGGAAGGGUGACAGAGGGUACGGACUAUGGAGAGGAAGGGUGACAGAGGGUACGGACUAUAGAGAGUGAGGGUGACUGAGGGUAUGGACUAUAGAGAGGGAGGGUGACAGAGGGUAUAGACUAUGGAGGAGAGGGUGACAGAGGGUACG